AUUAACAGCAACGCCGUUUAACGGUCAACCUAAACCACCACCCCUCGACCCGCGCCACAACCCGCCUGGCAUGCCCAAACGCAGCAUCAUCGCAUGAACAGCGCCCUGAGCUUCCCGCGUUUAGUGGAACAAGCACUGUGGGUCGCCGCGGCGUGGGCUCUUGGGAUCGAAGGAGAUCGUAGGGCGGACGCAUUCAGAUGGUUUUCCGUCGUGUGUUUUGGAAAGUUUUUCUUUCUCUUGUCUCUGCUUGUUUGUCGCGAGACCAACCCUGCUUCAUCCUGCACCUGUAAGCCUUUACCCGCCAGAAUUGGAUCCGCGUCUACAAAUCUGGGUGUGUGUGCGGUAUAUGCGUUGUGUGCGUCUUUGCGCAGACCGUUGGCUUUUGCGCCCUGCCACUUACCAGCCCGCCGCCGCAGAUGCAGAACCAUCGACAACUGCUGGCGCAACCACACACCCUCCCCCUGUCACCCCUUGAUCGACCAACAAGGAUCACGGAUGCUCCAGGGGGACCUUUGUCCAGAACUAGAAUUGACCAAGACUCUACCAAGUGGCUUAGAGAUGAGGGGCGUGACGACGCCUGACCGACUGCUCGCCCGCCUUCUCGGCGGACUUGGAAGAUACAUUUGGUCCGCGCCAACUCGAACCUGUUGAUCGUUGCGUGUGGUGGUGCGAUAUACGACCAGAAAGCGGCUCAUCUCACAUGGCAGGAAACCAAGGCGAGGUCGGCAGUCUACGUUUGGCAGCAUGGGAGCUUUGUCUAGUCAUGCCAUGUUGCACCAUCGCUGUCAUUUCGGCCCCCAAAUCUCAUGAGAGAUGCUGGCACGGCUGC